GUAAGCAAUGGGAAAGAAGAAAGUUAAAAGAGUUAAUAAAACAAUAAAUAAAUCGUUCAAUUUAAAAAUUCGUCUAAAACGAAACGAAAACGAAUCUUUCAGUGAUGAAAAUUCAUAUUCUAGUGAAUUUAUAGAAAAAAAAGAAGAACCAACCGAACCAAUAAUGAAAAUACCGAAAGAAGCUUUGGAAAAACGAUACGUAUGUGAAAUUUGCUUUAAAAUAUAUAAAAAUUCAAUCGGUUUAAAAUAUCAUAUGGCAUCACAUACCGGUGAAAAACCAUAUGAGUGUAGUGUUUGUAAAAAAGGCUUUUCACAGCCAAGUUCACUGAAAGUCCAUGAACGUAUACAUACCGGUGAAAAUCCUUAUGAAUGUGAAUUUUGUGAUAAAACUUUUAGAGAUAAAAAUGGUUAUAAUGUGCACACACGAAAACAUACCGGAGAAAAACCGUAUAAGUGUUUUAUAUGUAACAAACAGUUUGCACAAUUAAAUGUUUUGACCACACAUGAACUCACACAUACUGGAGGAAAACCAUUCACAUGUGAUCAAUGUGAAAAAUCAUUUACAACAAGUGGAAAUUUAAGGCUACAUAUGAAAGUGCAUAGAAUACACUGUGUGACGCGAAAACCAAAAAGUGCUGACGAAAAACUGAAGAAAGUAGUAACAAGGCCCAGAGGAAGACCAGUUAAGAAAAGUGGUAAAUCUAAGAAGACUGGUCCAAAAUUUGGAAGUAAACAAAUAUAGAUUUAAAUAGAAAGUAAUGAAUUUUUUUUUGGAAGAUUCAGGGAUCUAAAAAAAGGAAAUUUCCAAUUGUUUCAGUUUUUGAAAUAUCGAAUUUUAUGUGCGAUUAGGAUAUUCGGACACUAUCGUGUAUCUAACGGCUAUCUAUCGUUAAAGGUACAUUUAGCGACUUUUCAUUAAAAAAAAAAACGUCAGAUAAAAAACCAAAUUUAAGUAUUUUUUUACAUAAAUUACAAACCCGCUGCCGGAGUUGGUGAAAAAUUAUUUCUCUGUAAUUGCGUUCAUUUACUAAUCUACGGGUUGGCCAUGCCUUUAAUGGGGUCGAGUUAGCAUGGGCCUGCGCGUUUUUUUAGUUAACUUUGAUUGAGUUCAUUUACUGAUACACAGAAAGUUUGAGAAAUCAGCUCAAUAUACUCAUUCACGCUAAUCUACUCCAAAUUAUCUUAGUGUCCGAAUAACCUCAUCCUAAAUAAACAGUCUAGUGCCGUAGUAUUCGACAGUUAUAUUAGAACGGCUGGGAAAUUGUAUCACUGUUGUCAUAAAUAUACAUACUUUCGAAGA